CGGAGUCGCGCUACGGCCCGGUGCGGACGCAGCCCUAGUGAGGGGUAGGAAGGAAAGGAGGCCCCUUCGGCGGGCGCGGCUCUCCAGGCACCCCACCCCGUCCCGGAUCGGCCGCCCUGGUUGCCACCCGGCGCUUUGCAAACUUUCGGAGUUUUCCUGCACUUGCGUCACGGAAAAGGCAGGAGGGUGACGGAGUCCGGGAGGCGAGGCGGCCGCGGCUGGCGAGCUCCCCCGCGCGGCGCUCAAGGCCCUGGGGCGAGAGGUGUUUCACCGCGCGGGCGGCUUGGCUGGGUGGCGGCUCGAAACCCACUAAGUCCCGGAUCGUCCCGGCUGUCUCGCCUCCUGGACAGAGCGCGAGGGCCACAAGGAAAGAGGUGCAGAAGAGUCGGCGGGGCCGGGUUCCAGCGCCCCUGGCCCGCGGGAGGGCGGAGCCGGGCUGUCCCUGCCCAGGCGGGACGCGCGGAAGUGCGGUGGAGUUUGCCCAAUUCCCCAGCCUGCUUUUCCUCUCUCCCUCCCUCCCUCACCCCACCCCUCACCUCCCCUUUGGCUAUUCCCUCCUUCCUUGGGACGCCACCUCCCGGAAUCGCCUUUUUGUUUUGUUUUGUUUUGUUUUGGAGCUGGCUUCUCGCCGGCGCCUUGGAGGGGCUGCGAGUGCCGGAGAAGUGCAAGCGGGGGCCCCGCAGGGCAGAGCGGAGGACGGACGGACGGACAAAUCACCAGCCUGGCCAUCUACUCACCGGAGCUCCCUCUGCAAACUACUGUUGAGUGUUUGGGGGCACGCGAGGAGUGGGGGACGGGGGUCGUGAAUCCCGGGCUCCCGGACGGAUUUCCGCUAGGCUACCUCGGGACUGGGGUCCUUGGACUCAGAUCGGGGUCAGCUUCAGGCGCAGAAACAGCUGAGGAAUUAGGCAAACAAAAGAGGACACUGAGCGACCGGCCAGAAGUCGCCUGAGCGACCCGUCGCGCCCCCUCCUUCCCCAGGGUGGGGGCUGGCCACUUGAGGGGCGACAAGUGGGGACAGGAGCCGGCGGGGCUCGGCCAAGCCGCCAGGGUCGUGGAGUUGGAGGCCUGUUGUGCAAGCCUCGGCCCUUGUUUUCCCGGCCUGGCUCGUUGUGAGGCCGGACACAUCCACCCUUGGACUCGAUUCAGGAGGCUGCUGCUUUUCUCCUUGCCCCUCUUGGAUUUUCUGGAUUUUUGAAAACCCAGUGGCCUAGGAGGAGGAGGAGGAGGAAGGAGGAAGGGGCAGAUCUGCAGAGGAAUGUGAGAGCCUCCCAAAGCCGGAGCAGCCAGAAGCAGCCCAGAGCCAGAGGGAUUGCAGAGCCCUGCCCCCGGGUUCUGGGACUGUUGUUUCUGAGUGAUUCUUGUCUAUUUUAGAACAUUGUUCCAGUGGAAAGUGUCAAAUUCUUGCCCUCAUAGAACUGUUUUCUCCAGGUCAUUUGACUUUUCUGCUUGUGGUGGAAAGCAGAGCCCCCCUCCAGGGGCUGCCAAGGGAGGGGAGGAAGACUACAGACAUGAGCCCUCCCUGUUCACAAGCAUAUGCCCAGAGACUUAAUAGAGUAGUUUCUGGGCCAUGGACAUUAUUCUGAAGAGAGGGAGGCUGGACAGAGUCUGUGGGUGCUGAGACCCCCAUUUUAGGGGCUGAGAGAUUGAGCUGUGAGUGCAUUCUUGUGCUCGGACUUGUGAGCAUCCCUGUCUGGGCAGGACCAUCUCCUUCUUUAUCCAGCAUGGCACUGAAAGGCAGAGCCCUGUAUGACUUUCGCAGUGAGAACAAGGAGGAAAUCAGCAUCCAGCAGGAUGAAGACUUGGUUAUCUUUAGUGAGACCUCACUGGAUGGCUGGCUACAGGGGCAGAAUAGUCGUGGUGAGACAGGACUUUUCCCUGCCUCUUAUGUGGAGAUCAUCCCUGCUGGCAUCAGCCCCAACCAUGCUGACAACUCUAGCAGCCCUGCAGAUUUUUCAAGCACCCAGGUGAGCUUGUACAGCCCCAGUGUGGCCAGCUCAGCCAGAAGUGGUGUGAGCAGUGGCUUCCUCUCAAACCAGGGCAGCUUUGAGGAUGAUGAUGAUGAUGAUUGGGAUGACUGGGAUGAUGGAUGCACAGUGGUGGAGGAGCCUCGGGCUGGUGGGCUGGGUACCAAUGGGCACCCCCCACUUAACCUCUCCUACCCGGGUGCCUACCCCAGCCAACACAUGGCCUUCCGGCCCAAACCACCCCUGGAGCGGCAGGACAGCCUGGCAUCUGCCAAGAGAGGCAGUGUGGUGGGACGCAACCUCAACCGUUUCUCCUGCUUUGUGCGCUCUGGAGUGGAGGCCUUCAUCCUGGGGGAUGUGCCCAUGAUGGCCAAGAUCGCUGAGACAUACUCUAUUGAAAUGGGCCCUCGUGGCCCCCAGUGGAAGGCCAACCCCCACCCAUUUGCCUGCUCUGUGGAGGACCCCACGAAACAGACCAAGUUCAAAGGCAUCAAAAGCUACAUCUCCUACAAGCUCACACCCACCCAUGCUGGCUCGCCAGUCUACCGGCGCUACAAACACUUUGAUUGGCUCUAUAACCGCCUACUUCACAAGUUCACUGUCAUCUCGGUUCCCCACCUGCCUGAGAAGCAGGCCACAGGCCGCUUUGAGGAGGACUUCAUUGAGAAGCGGAAACGGCGUCUUAUCCUCUGGAUGGACCACAUGACCAGCCACCCGGUGCUCUCCCAGUACGAGGGCUUCCAGCAUUUCCUCAGCUGCCUGGAUGCCAAGCAGUGGAAGAUGGGCAAACGCAGGGCAGAAAGGGACGAGAUGGUGGGCGCCAGCUUCCUGCUUACCUUCCAGAUCCCCACGGAGCACCAGGACCUGCAGGAUGUGGAGGACCGUGUAGACACAUUCAAGGCUUUCAGCAAGAAGAUGGAUGACAGUGUCCUGCAGCUCAGCACUGUGGCGUCAGAGCUGGUGCGGAAGCAUGUGGGGGGCUUCCGCAAGGAAUUCCAGAAGCUGGGCAGUGCCUUCCAGGCCAUCAGCCAUGCUUUCCAGAUGGACCCCCCCUUUAGCUCUGAAGCCCUCAACAGUGCCAUUUCUCACACUGGUCGGACCUACGAAGCCGUGGGUGAGAUGUUCGCUGAGCAGCCCAAGAAUGACCUCUUCCAGAUGCUCGACACACUCUCUCUCUACCAGGGCCUGCUCUCCAACUUCCCAGACAUUAUCCACCUGCAGAAAGGUGCCUUUGCCAAGGUGAAAGAGAGCCAGCGCAUGAGCGACGAGGGCCGCAUGGCCCAAGACGAGGCAGAUGGCAUUCGAAGGCGCUGCCGUGUGGUGGGCUUUGCCCUGCAGGCCGAGAUGAACCACUUCCACCAGCGCCGGGAGCUCGACUUCAAGCACAUGAUGCAGAACUACCUGCGCCAGCAGAUCCUGUUCUACCAGCGGGUGGGCCAGCAGCUGGAGAAGACCCUGCGCAUGUACGACCACCUCUGACCACAUGGCCUGGGUCCCUCCCCACCCUAAGGCCUGGUCACUACCGUUUACCUCACUUCAGACCUCCCUGCACCAGCAAUGGCUGUGGGGUUUUGGGGUGGGUGAGGUAAGCAGCCUCUUCAUCCUCCCCAGAGAAGGGGUCUUGGAGGAGUCGCAGGUGCCCCUGGAAUGUUUCCCCCCCUUUAAAGAUGGGACUUGACAGGGGAGAGAAUGGAGCUGGGCACCCUCCAGGCCAAAGCCUGGGCUGCUGGUCAGUCACUAAAGGCUAAGCCAGGGUCCACUUCCUCUGGAGCCCGUAGCACACAUUCAUCUGGCCACCACCCAUGUUCAUUCAGCAAAUUACCAAGAGGCCCAUGAUGGCCCAGCGAUGACCCUGGAUCAGACCUGGGCACACAAAGUAGGACGAGUGUUCCCUGGAGGAGUCUCCAUCCAAGGUGGGGAUCAGACACAGAAAUAGGCAAAGUCAAUGUAAUGUGACAGGUAGAAGCACACAGGAGAGACCACAGCAUUUUGCUGGUCAGAGGAGACUCCAUUGGUAGGUGACAUUCCAGCAAUGUCUUGAAGAAUGACGAGGACCUACCAGACUGUAAACGGGGAGAAGGACAUUUGUGGGAGAGGCCCAACAUGGGCUUUUAUUUCCCUUACUUUUCCUAAGCAAGUUUGAUGCCUUCUUCAUGGGGAACCCUGGCCUAUGGCAGAGGAAAGGCCUAUGCUCAUAUGUCCCUGGAUUUUCCUGCCCCAUCCCAUUGCCUGCAGGAGGGGCUGCAGGCCAACUCCCUCCUGCAGGCCUCUGACUCCCCCCUCUGCUGAGCCCCAACUUUCUCUUGGCUAGAGGACCAUGUAGCAUCCUUUCCUGUCUGGACUACAGGUGCUGAGGCAAGCCAUGGACUCCCAGGCCCUGGUGGCACUUUCCCAAAGGAGAGUCUCAAAGUUCCUAGAUAUUUGAUUUCACCAGCAGUAACUCUCUGUACCCCAAACAGGCUCAGAUCUGAGGCUCCCAGGGUCUCUGUCCUCCGCCCCCAGCACUUUCUUCCUGAGUCCUUCACGUUGCACAGUAGGAAACCUAAGGGGAGAAAAGAAGAGGUUCCAGGCUCCUCUGCCCUUGGCCAGCCUCACUGUGAGGGAGUUCUUGCUCCUGGUCAGGUUGGCCUGUCUCCCACCUGUUUACAUCCUGCAGGGGUGACUGCCCCCCACCAAGGCCAGGCUGUGGGCCAGCAGCUGUCGGGUUAGCUGACCUUACCACUUCUGCCCACCCGGGAGCUCAUGGUCUAUAAUGGUCUGCUAUAGCUGCUGCUGCUUAAAAUUUUUUUUUCUGUCUUUUUUUCUCUUGAUAAAUUGUUACAAUUAAGUUGA